CAACUGUAUUCAUAAAUGGUAGUUUCCAGGGCCGGCCGAAGAUUUUUUGGUGCACCUGGGACCCAAAAACUCAUGGGCCUGCCCUGGUUGUUUAUAUUUAUGUACAGCAAGGACUAGUAAAAUUGUUUAUUACAUAAAGAGAUCGCUGUUUAGUCCUUACCACUGUAGAUGGUCGAUUAUCGAUAUAGAUAAUUAUUCUGCAAUUCAUUGUAAUCUGAUUAACCUUCAUCACGCAUCGUUAUAUCUUUCUUUUUUUUAAGACAGGCAGUAUAUGGGAAUGAAGGAACUUUCUUCUUUUUUGACGUAGAAGCUUCAGUCACAGAGCGAUCAAAUUGUUUUCUAGGAUGAUCAUCUUUCAACGCUUUAUCCAUGAAGUAAAACUUCACUCAUCUUCGUGCCUGCUUUACGACGAAUCUUUAUUAUUGACGGCGAUACACCAGCAAUCUGACUUCAUAUAAGCUAUAUACGAAUCCGCAUUAUAUGAACCCGUUUUAUAGGGGUCUACUGUAUUUUUCAUCUCCAGCAUUAAAACUUCAGGUCAUUUACCAAUAUCGUUUGAAAAUGAUUCAUAAGUUUCGCGUAGUAAUUGUUCGCUGUGAUCGUUAUUUUCUUGGGUUUUCAAAAGAUUUUCAUGUUCUUCAACGGCAUCUUCUUCAUUUUGUUGUUGGAGAUUUGUUUGUUCCUCAAUUUUACUGUCCGUUUCUUGAUUUUGUGUUUUCUUAAAAUAAAAACGGCAUUAAAGCAUUAUAUUGCUUUUUGUUUUCUUCCUCUUUUACUUUCCUUUUUUAAUCUUUUUUGAAGACCACUUGCAUGCUUGUAAUUACUCAUUUUUUACGGUCAACUUGUAUCAUAAUAUCUCAGAAACUAUUAGCGAUUUCUGUGUUUAUUUCAUAAACACAGAAAUGUAGCCCUUUGAAAACUGACUAAAAUGCAACAAUAAACGUAAAAGUGAUAUAAGUCGAGUUAUACCAGUUUUUACAGGAUACACGGAGAUAAAUAUUAAAAUUACUUACUUAUAUGUUAAAUAGAAACUAUAACUGCAAAAAUAGGUUAUAAUAUAUCCAAUCCACCUAGUCAAACUCAGGGCCCUGACACAAAAAUUACCUACGAAAUAAUGCCAAAGUUUCACUGUUGUCAUCUGAUCGCAUCACCCAAUUAUAAAAAACUACAUAACAAUAUAAUUCGUUCUAUAAAAAUGUUAAUUUAGUUGUAAUGCGUAUUUUUCUUUUUAUAUUUGAAUAUCUUAAUUACAUUGUAUCUUUGGAGCUACAAUAAAUUUAUGCAGCAAUGAACAUUAUAUUUUUCUCAACGAACACUGCUCUAUUCUGAACUUCACCGAACAGAACCGAGGUAGUAGGUAAUGACAUUCUUAAUUAUUAACCCUUGAAUAUGGCAUGCUAAUAAUAUAAUUCGCAUUAAAUGGCUCGCACGUACACAAAAUGGCAUCCAUUCCUUCUAAUUAAGCCAAUGUCUUAGGAGAACAAUUAUCCCUCCCAAAAAAUUAUGAAGAUUAACUGAGAGCGGUCCUCUAUUUAUCAAUUAAGCCUAAAAUAUCAUUUCGGAGAUGAAAUCUCUUCUGGAAGGCAUGGACGAGCCACACCAGGAUCUAUAUAGGUCGAAAGCAUUCUUCUUUCUCGCAUGCAACCCUACACCACAGUGGGAUAGAACAAUUUGAGACUACGUUUUCGUAAGAUUAGUUAUUAAUAAUAGUGUGUCCGCUGUUUAGAAGUAAAUAUAUGUACUACUUGAAGGGUCUGGGGAUUGUAAAAAUGCCCGUGUCCUUUAUCGGAAGUUUCACUGUAUUAUGAUUUCUUGUUUACAGAUCUGACAAUUGUAGAAGAUUUCUAGAAGCAUUUUUACUGAGAAAAUAUCGUUGCCUUACAUUUUAUUUUAUUUGUAAUUCCACUUUAUAAUCUUACAAUCCUCCAAUCAGCAACGGCAACGUGGAAAUUACGUUGUGUUCGAAAAUCGUGCGAUUCGAAAUUAGAACCUGCGAUGUCGUUUUAAAAAGGAAAGAAAACGUUUCCUUUUCAAGUGAGUGGUUCUUUUAUUGACUCGUAAGUUUUAUCAAAAUGGAAAAAAGGUGCUUGCUCCACCAGGUUCCAUACAAGCAUUCCACAGCGCUAUUGAUACAAUAACCGCUUGGUAAUCCGAUCCCUCGGGUGUCAGAUUAACAACCUUCUACUGUAAAUUGCUAAUUAAGUAGAGAAAAUAUGAAACAAAUUCAUUACAUAAUUGCAUCUUUUAUGUAGAUUGAAGAAGAUGCCAAAAGUGACGAAGAAUUGGAUUAAGAAUAAAUACAACCCUAUAGAUAUUUGGCAAACUAAAAUGACAAAUUCUUCGUUUAAUCUUCUCCUUGCAAAAAAUAAGAAGAAAAUUUUUAAUUCUGGAAUUUCGAAGAAAUUAAAAGAAGAAUCGACUUUAAGUGAUGAUGAGUGGACGAAUAUAACAGAUUUUAGCACUUCGAUUACUGAAUCACAGGUAUUAAUUAAUCACAGUAGAGAAUCUAUUGAAUUUCCACGUAAUAUCUACGAUUCUUCAAAUUAUGAGUAUAGUUUUAAUGAAAUUGAAUACGAUAACAGUGAUAUAAAAUUUUCUACGAUGAAAAAUGCGAGUGUUUGUAAUGAUAACGUAUUUAAUUCACUUAGUAUAUCGCCUGGAGAUAACUAUUCCUUUGUAGAUUGUUCAGGAGCAAAUUUAACAGACGGAUCAUCACACGGGAAAGCCAAUCUCAAUGAAAAUAAGCACGUAAUUAAGUACUGGAAAUCUUUAAACUGUUCAGAAAUUGCCAUCAAACAAGUAAAAAGUGAAGGAAUAUUGCAUGUUGCAAACAAGUACGAUGUACAGUUCAUUCCAUUAACCAGUGCAAAACAACAAUUAACUAGUACCCCCUCGAAAGUUAACCCAGGUCUCAAAGAACUCGAUAUAUCCGAAAUUAAAUCGGACGUAGACGAUCAAAAUAGUAAAAUAAAUCUGAGUGUUCCUGCCAUAGAAGUUACUGACGAAGAUAAAGAAAACCUACAGAUUGAUGACAAUGAAGAUGCACAAUUGGAAGAAUUAAACAAAGUACCCGAAGAGGAUUCUUUGAGCAUAAUGUCCGUUAAUGCCGAGCAUCCGUAUCCCGUAUGCAGCAUACUUUCUACGUUAAUGAAACGGUAUAAAAUAUCAAAUAAAGCAAAAAGUGAUUCUAGAAACACAACAAAAUCAUUACAGCAAUAUCCUGUGUGUUGUCUUGUUUCUUUGUUUCAAAAAAGUUAAAAGAUUUAUUUAUAUUAUUGUAAAUGAAUGUAAUUUUUAUCAGAAUUUUUAAUGUGGUUUAUCAUAUUAAUAUCUAAUGUAUUUGUUGAUAUAUUUAAAAUACUUAUUUUCCUCUAUUUAAAAAGCAUGUUGAACUCAAUUUUGUUGUAAGAGGAAAUUUUUGAUGUUAAUGAAAAAAUGAAAAUAUUUGUUAUAUUAAAAGUAUAUAAUUAUUUAAUUUCUAUAUUUAUUCUACAGUUAAAACCAUAAAUUCAAUUAAAACGGCCAGACGAUCGAGCAGUUAUGGUGGCAGACUACCACUCUGGGGAACACAGGAUCCAAUCCACAAGAGUAAAAAAAUUCCAGGA